UGGAGCCGGGCCGGCUCCGCCGCCGCAGCAGCAGCCAGAGGGAGCGGAGCGCCCCGGCGGCAUCAUGGGGCUGUGGUGAGCGCCCGGUACCGCUGCCCGCCCGCCCCGCCGUGCCCUCCUGCCCCGCGGCCAUGGCCCCCAUGGGGAUCCGCCUCUCGCCGCUCGGCAUGGCCGUGUUCUGCCUGCUGGGGCUGGGCGUCCUCUACCACCUCUACUCCGGCUUCCUGGCCGGCCGCUUCGCCUUCUUCAUGCUGAGCGAGCCGGCGGCCGGCGGGCCCGAGACGCCCCGCGGCUCCGCGCUCGCCGGCGCCGUGGACCUGCGGGAGCUGCUGGCCGUGUCCGUCCUGGCCGCCGUCAGGGGCGGGGAGGAGGUGAAGCGGGUCCGCGAGGGCAACGUCCUCAACGCCAAGGCGAAGGGGAAGACGCGGGAGGGGGCCGAGGAGCAGCUGACGAGCGGCGACCUCCUCUCCAACCGCAGGAUGUUCUACCUGCUGAAGGGCGCCUUCCCCGCCGUGCAGAUAAACUCUGAAGAGCGUGUUGAUACAGCUGAUCAGGAGACAGUCUCUUGGGAUCGCAGUAUUCCUGAAGACAUAAAACAAAAAAUACAGCCUAAAGAGGUUCCAGCAGAAAGUGUUACUGUCUGGAUCGAUCCAUUAGAUGCUACACAAGAAUACACAGAGGAUCUUCGACAGUAUGUCACAACAAUGGUUUGCGUGGCUGUAAAUGGUAAACCAGUAAUAGGAGUGAUACACAAGCCGUUCUCAGCAUAUACAGCCUGGGCAAUGGUGGAUGGUGGGUCAAACAUAAAAGCUCGUGCCUCCUACAAUGAGAAAACUCCAAGGAUUAUUGUAUCCCGCUCCCAUGCAGGAAAAGUUGAGCAGGUUGCACGGCAGACAUUUGGAAAUAAGACUGUGAUAAUCCCCGCUGGUGGAGCAGGUUAUAAAGUGUUGGCCCUCCUUGACGUUGCUGAAAAGAAUCAAGAAGAAGCUGACGUGUAUAUCCAUGUCACCUACAUUAAGAAGUGGGACAUAUGUGCUGGAAAUGCAGUGUUGAGAGCAUUGGGUGGCCAUAUGACUACCCUAACUGGUGAAGAAAUUAGUUACACUGGCUCAGAUGGCAAUGAGGGAGGACUUAUAGCCAGUAUCAACAUGAACCAUAAAGCACUAAUUGAAAAACUUCCAGAUCUAGAAAAAACAUCACACAAAUAAACUUGACUGAUGGAGAAGUACAAGUUGUGCUUUUGUAGCCUCCGAAUGCUCUGUCUGAAGAAGCAGGUGUGAAAACCUGCUGGGAAAGAUGCACAGCAAAGCAGAGCAGUUUGGUGUGGGUUUGGGGACUAUAUAGUGCAUUGGGUUUCUUCAGUGGUGGUAUUUAAAAAAGAAUAAAAUAAUAAUAAUCAGAAGUAGAAAGGGGACUGACUGCCUCACACCUCAGUUUCCACAUUGUUUUUUUUUUUCCAGACUGUUUUUAUGCAGUUCUUAUACUCAAGGUGCAUAUACAGUAUAUAUUGGUGAACGUAGGUGAACUAAAGAAAAAUCCAAAUUUAUUCAUAAAAUAACCGAAGUAGUUCUCACAGGAAUUUCUUGGAACCUUUUACAUCUUGUUACUGUAGCUGUAGCAACUCCAUAAUGAAUUAGGUAGGAAAAAAGGUUGAUUUGUAUAGGCAUCUGAUAACUCUGUAAACAGUUUAGCAGGAAACAUGACCCUGUGUUCUGUAUCCCCUGAACAGAAAGCACAAGAAGGUUGACACAAAUUUAUAUGCAGCAGCAAUUUAUCUUUGACAGUGUGGCAUUCCUUCUGCUUUUUAAGAGGAAAAAAAAAGAAAUGUUCUAUACUGUUUUGACUUUUUUCCUGAAGAUGUAAACCAGUUUAGUUCAGAUGGGUUGUGAAUAUCAGUGGUUUAUUAAUCAGUGUAAUUAUUUCCAUAUACCUUUUUAAAAGAAGGCAGUGUUUCCUUGUAUAGUUUUUAACAGGUACUUCUUGUCCUUGAUUUCUGCGUACAGUGUUGAAGAUGCAUGCUAGAUUUUUCUCUGAUGUAGGCCUUGCUCAUCAUUUCGUAUUUGUGCCUAUAGAAACAGCCUCUUCCUUCAGUACCUGUUUUUUUGUUUGGGGUUUUUUUUUUCCAUUGGAUAGAGUCAUAUGGAAUGAGUUUAACAGAUAUAGUAAGUUGAUUGGUUGUUUCCAUUUGCAACAUGACACAUAAACCAGCAAUUUUUCUACAACCCCAGAAACUACUUUCUGUCUUUUUAGAUUAAGGUGCACUCUUUUCUGCAGAAAGCUCUUGAGCCAUCCCUAACAGCUUGCAGUUACUGGUUUGUGGAAAUUUACAUAGAAACCAUUUAAACUUGAAUCUGUUUAAGCAAGUUUGAAGAACAUGUGGCACUUGAAGUACAGCAGGGCCUGCAAAACUUCGCUGAAAAACAUUCUUUGUCAAU